CUUGCGCGGCGCUUCCGGGUCAGAGGCCAGGCGGUCGGGCGCAGCACGGGCCAUGGUGCAGCUGCGGCCGCGCGCGUCUCGCGUCCCGGCGCCGGCGAUAGUGGACGAGGGCCAGCCUGCGUCCGAGGAGGAGGAAGAGGCGGCGGAGCACGGCCUGCUGCUCGGGCAGCCCAGCAGCGGCGCGGCUGCGGAGCCGCUGGAGGAAGACGACGAGGAAGGGGACGACGGGUUCGACGACGAGGCCCCGGAGGAGCUGACUUUCGCUAGUGCCCAAGCGGAAGCACGGGAGGCGGAGCGGCGGGUGCGGGAGUCGGUGCGCAGGGACAAAACGCUCCUCAAGGAGAAGCGGAAGCGGCGCGAGGAGCUGUUCAUCGAACAGAAGAAAAGAAAACUCCUUCCAGAGAGCAUUCUAGAGAAGUUAACUACAGCUGCACCGACUAAAGCGUGCUCACGGGCUCGGAGGUCUUCACUUCUGACACCGCCAUCCCGCAUAAAGACAUCCUCAGGGAAGUUGAAAGAAGCAAAUUUGCAGAAGAAAAAUGAAGACUCUGAAAAAGGGAGUGAUUCCAAGAAAGCUAAAUUACAGAAAGUACAGUCUGUCGGCCAAAAUAAAAGCUACUUGGCUCUAAGGCUAAAAGAUCAAGAUCUGAGAGAUUCAAGGCAACAAGCAGCGAAGGCCUUCAUACAGAAUUCUCUCUAUGGCCCCGGCACGAACAGGACGACGGUAAAUAAGUUCCUGUCUCUUGAAAAUAAGAGGUUACCAGUGAAAAAGGCUGCAGCCCAGUUUCUGAAUAAUGCUUGGGGAACUCAGAAAAAACAAAAUGCCAAGAGGUUUAAAAGACGGUGGAUGAUCAGAAAGAUGAAAGCUUCUAAGAAGUAAAUCAAAUGAAGUAAAUGAAGAAUGAGAACUUGUAUGUAUAGAACCUAGUUAUUUGGUAUAGAAAAUGCUUGUUAAAAAAUCUAAUAAAUCAUUUAUAAAGAGUU